GAAAUUACGUGCAUCCGUUUCAACUGACGCUAACAACAAACGGCUUAGUUAAAUUACUUAGUUAAACACUAUUUUUUCCUCAACAUGGAAACUACUGGCAGUUCUCAUGAAGUGGAAAAUGCAGAUAUUUUCCUCCCGUUGUCAUCAUUGAGGCUACUGAUCCCUCCUCUGCGGCUGCUGUCUGCAGCGAUGUGGCAGGUCGCUCAGCGUAGAGACGUUCUUGAUUAUGAAAAGCUGGAUGAGUUUGUCACACUGGUGACGGGGACUGUUCCUGACCUGCUCAGCCCAAGGCAAAGAGGAAAGCUGCUUCUACGACUGAGAGCUAGAAUUAUUCUUGAGUUGUGCAGAAAUGAGGAAACAGCCCAGACAUUGUGCAUAGAGCCUCAUUUGGAAAGAAUCCGCCCACCAGGAUACACUGGAAGUGGAGAUGCAGAGGUGGAUGCAGAGAUUGCUAUUUUUGUGGAGCUGGUUCAAACGCUGCUGAAAGACCCUGCAGAGAGGGAGCAUUUCUACCAGGAGGUUUUUCCAACAGAAUAUGGUCUUAGCUACGAUGCAGACAUGCAGCUCCUUGUGUGGGAGUUUCUUUCUAAACUGGAGAAGCUCCUUCCCGUACCGGACCUCAGUCAGACGGUUUCAUGGCUGACCUCUGCCCCCUCUGUACUGAAGGACUGUUUACAAGCACUCUCAAGUCCUGAUGACCUGAGGUCACUGCUGCAGCACCACAAGUGCCUUGAGGACCUUGGAACACAAGGCACCACAGUGGAGAUGUCCACCCAGGUCUUCGCCUGCUCUGAGUGUCCGUUCUUCCACAUGCAGGAGUCCUACCUGCUGCAGCACAUAGAGCUCAGCCACCCUGAGCAGUACAGCAAACUGCAGAACGCUGCAGAGAAACCCGAAACUCAGAGGAAGAAAAUCCAGCGUCCAGACUUCCCAAAACCUUUCCCCAUUCACGACAGACCCGACCCUCACAUGUGCCAGGAGUGCGGCAAAACCUUCACACGUGCGUCAGACGUCACUCGCCACCAGCGGACACACACGGGCGAGCGCCCUUACACCUGUGAGGAAUGUAAGAAGGGCUUUAGGAACUCCUGGGAUUUGACCAGACAUCAGCGUAUUCACACUGGGGAGCGACCCUUUCUCUGCUCGCAGUGUGGGAAGCGUUUCACACAGAUGGGACUUCUCAAGCUGCAUUUUGAACGAACUGCCUGUGGUCAGGCUUGCAAUCCUCCCCUUGAUUUUAUGACAGAGGUCGUUGUAACAGAGGAGACCUCAGAGAAAGUGGGCGGUCAGUACAAAUGCCAGAAAUGCGGGGAGAGCUUCAGCAGCAUCCUGGAGCGACUGCGGCACCGGCAGAGGCACGUAGUGAGGCGUCAGUACAAAUGCUCGCUGUGUGAGAAGAUUUACAGCAGAGCUUCAGACCUCAAAAGACACCAGAUGAAACACACUGGGGAGCGGCCGUUCGCCUGCGAGUGUGGGAAAAGCUUUACACAUGUUUGGCUCCUGAAUAAGCAUCAGCAGAUCCACACCAGGGAGCGUGCGUUCCCCUGCACCGAGUGUGGAAAGAGCUUCACGCAGCUUCAGAUCCUCAACCGCCAUCUGCUGACUCACAGUGGCCAGCGGCCUUUCCAGUGCUCCUACUGCGAGAAGAGCUUCAGUCAGCUGGCCAGCCUCACACGCCACGAAAGAACCCACACAGGUGAGAGGCCGUUCAUCUGCUCCACCUGUGAAAAGACGUUCCUCACCCACGGAGAGCUGGUGAGGCAUCAGCGCAGCCACAGUAACUUCAGGCCGUACAGCUGCCCACAGUGCCCCAAGAGCUUCAAAACCAAAAGAGCUCAGAGCGAACACCUCAAUACCCACACAGGAGAGCGCCCAUUUGCCUGCACCUGCUGUGGGAAGAGGUUUGCCAAGUCCACCUCGCUUGUUCGCCAUAACUUGACUCACACUGGGGAGCGGCCACACCAGUGCCCUCAGUGCGGAAAGACCUUUCUCACAUCUGGCGAGCUCCUCCUUCACAAACGGAUCCACACAGGAGAGAGACCGUACCCCUGUUCCUACUGCGAGAGAAGGUUCAGGUGCUCCUCUGACCUCAACAUGCACGUCCGUACGCACACGGGGGAGAAGCCGCACAGCUGUCUGUUCUGCAAGAAGAGUUUCUCUACAUCUACGAGGCUGAAGAGACAUGUACGCAUACACAUGGAGAAGGGAAUAGUUGUGGAAUCACUAAGUCUUUAACCUCACAGAAAUUAAUGUUUUUUGUUUGACAACA